GCCAGUGAGUGCAAGUUGUGUGACAUAGCCAGAGCAAGAGGACCAAUCAGCUGCAGCCUACAGCAUGAGGCGAGCGGUGGGCGGGCUUAGUAGUCAUGGCCGCGAUACGGUUGUUGUUAUGGCGAGCGGUGCGCGGAUUGGCACAGAGCAGGCAUCUGUGUAGUGACAGUGCGGCUGGGGGCAGCUCCCAAACAGAACCUACAGCAAAGAGGUUCCCAAGAAUUUACACAAAAACUGGAGAUAAAGGCUUUUCCAGCACGUACACAGGAGAAAGGAGACCUAAGGAUGACUUGGUGUUUGAAGCACUAGGAGCUACUGAUGAACUGAGCUCAGCUAUUGGGCUGGCCAGAGAAUUCUGUCUGGAUGCUAAUCUCCAGUUUGUGUCUGAACUUGAAAAGAUACAGUGUAUGCUCCAGGAUGUUGGCUCCAACAUUGCAACGCCUCUGUCGUCUGCCAGAGAAAGCCACAAAGUCAGAACAUCAUUUAGUGCGGAUCCAGCACAGGAACUUGAGCAGUGGAUCGAUAAAUACUCAGCACAGCUUCCCCCAUUGACGAACUUCAUUGUACCUUCAGGAGGUAAAGCUAGUGCAUCUUUACAUGUGGCCAGAGGUGUAUGUCGAAGAGCUGAGAGAAUAACAUUCAAAUUGUUGCAGAAAGGAGAAGCAGAUCCAAACAUUGGAAAAUAUUUAAACAGAUUGAGUGAUUACCUUUUCACAUUGGCAAGAUAUGCAGCCAAAGCUGAAGGAAGACCUGAGACCAUAUAUACACGUAUGCAGCCAUGAAAAGCCUCAGCAUUGCUAUGGUUUUGUUCUCCCUGGAACCCUUCUAUGGUUUGCAUACUUUUGGCAGAGA